AUGGGCAUUUCUGACGACUUAACUACCAUACAAAUGGCCGGAACUCGAAACUCUCUCGCUGUCUUCCUUGUCCUCCUCUUCCUCCUCCUCAGUUCUUUGCUUUUCGACGGCGAAGCUCGUCCUCUCAACGCCCCCACGGUGGCUCAUAGCUCUGUGGAGGAACCGAUUAUGAAUAUCUUGAAUAGAUUGAAUGUUGAAGCAAUUAAAACAGGAGGCCCAGGCGUUGGACAGGGACACAAGUUUACCAAUGCUCAACCUGUGGGAGAAAUUAAGAACUCUGGUCCUAGCCCUGGGGAAGGACACUAG